AUAUACAUAUAUAUAUGUAUGUAUUACAAACUUAAGAUCCAAGCAAAAUAUGAUAUCUUCCGUUUUCACUCCCACUUUAUUUUUUUGAGUAACUUAUCAUGCUUCAAAGAAGCUCCUAAAACAUUUCCAUUAUGUUCUGAUACUCAUUUAAAAGGGUUAUAUUAUGGGGAAUUAAAUACCUUCCUUCCCAGAACACACUAUUAUCAGCAAAUAAAGCUAGAUCACCUCCAUUAAAAGGAUACAAAGUCUUUUGCUUUCUUCUCCUUCUCGCCGAAACUUCCUUUUUUUAAGCUUAAUAAUCUCAUCAUAGGAUGAACAUUUAACAAGCAAAAACUGAAUAUACAUGAGAAAUUCCAGAAAUAGAACAACUAUACAAUUAUAAUUUAUCAUCAUCAUGACUUGGUGCAACGAAAGCAAUGACAUUGAAACUGUGGAUAAAAAUGCAGCAACUUCAAGGAGUGAUACAAGAGUCAAAUUUUGCCCUUCAUGCGGUCAUCAGAUCAAAUGCCAACAACAGGGAAGAAUAAAUGAUUUGCCUGGUUUGCCAGCGGGUGUGAGAUUUGAUCCAACAGACCAAGAACUAAUUCAGCAUUUGGAAGGGAAAGUGAGACCUGAUGAUGAGACUUCUCGUGGAUUACACCCUCUCAUUGAUGAGUUUAUCCCUACGCUUGAAGGGGAAAAUGGGAUUUGCUACACCCAUCCUGAAAAAUUACCAGGAGUAAGAAAAGACGGACAAGUUCGUCACUUCUUCCACCGGCCUUCCAAAGCAUACACAACAGGGACAAGAAAGAGAAGGAAAGUCCAUACAGACGAUGAUGGCAGCGAAACCCGGUGGCACAAAACAGGCAAGACCCGACCAGUCCUCAACGAUGGUAGAGUAAGAGGCUACAAGAAGAUAUUAGUGCUCUACACAAACUAUGGCAAGCAGAAAAAACCUCAAAAGACUAACUGGGUAAUGCAUCAAUAUCACUUGGGUGUCGAUGAGGAAGAAAAAGAUGGGGAAAUAGUAGUCUCUAAAGUCUUCUAUCAAACACAGCCUAGACAAUGUGGAUCCAUUUUGAAGAUAAACGGACGUGUAUCAAACCCGAGUCCAAGAAACGAAUUGGGUGAAUGUUACAGUCAUUCCUCUAUCAUUUCGUUUGAGCAAAAAAGCAAUAGCAAUACCAAAGGAAGUGCUUCAACAGCUAUGUUUCCAUUUUGCUGUCCUCGAUAGCUUCUCAAUCAACAGGCACAUCUUCUGCGCCUAAAAAUGAACAUAAUUAUAGGUGCAAGGACUAAGAAGACUCCUGACUUAUUUCCCGAACUCUGCAUCAAUAGGACAUAUAUUCAUGUGUAAGUGUACAUAGGUACUGUAAUAAGGACUGAUUUGAGGUACACAACUGUUUCAAAACAGCAUUAAAUUGACGGUCUGACUGGUAGUUGGUCGUAAAUGGAAGUAAUGAUAAUUCUUUUUUAUUGUAA